AUGGCGGCCAUCUCCUCCUUCUGCUCCGACGUCAGCCCAUCCCAGAGACCUUUGACGGUAGAGGGAUCCAUGGAGGUGAAUGGUGCUGAGAGGGAUGAUUGUGGCUAUGGCCGGGGCAGCGUCAGCCGCCUUUUCCUCCCCGGCGAGCAAGACGCAGCUCGUAACAUGGUCGGUAUCAUCGGCAAUGUCAUCACCUUUGGCCUCUACCUCUCCCCUGCGCCGGCGUUCUGGAGGAUAUGCGCGGCCAAGGACGUGGAGAAGUUCAAGCCGGACCCCUACCUGGCGACGCUGCUCAACUGCAUGCUCUGGGUCUUCUACGGCCUCCCCAUCGUCCACGCCAACAGCACCCUCGUCGUCACCAUCAACGGCAUCGGCCUCGCCGUCGAGGCCGUCUACCUCGUCAUCUUCUUCAUCUACUCCACCAUCAACGUGCAGCGGAAGAUGCUGAUCGUGCUCGGCGUCGAGGCGGCGUUCAUGCUGGCCGUGGUGGUCGGCGUGCUCCACGGCACCCACACCCACAAGAAGCGCUCCAUGAUCGCCGGCAUCCUUUGCGCUAUCUUCGGCUGCAUCAUGUAUGCCUCCCCGCUCACCAUCAUUAGUAAAGUGAUCAGGACCAAAAGUGUGGAGUACAUGCCAUUCUUGCUGUCGCUGGUGAGCUUCCUCAACGGCUGCUGCUGGACGACCUAUGCCCUCAUCAAGUUCGAUCUCUACGUGAUGAUCCCCAAUGGCCUCGAUGCAUUUCUCAGCCUCGUCCAGCUGAUCCUAUACUUCUUCUACUACAAAACGACCCCCAAGAAGGAAAAGAUUGUCGAGCUGCCCACUGUUGUUGUUGACGGUAUUCUGCGGCAAUCCUGGCGGGUUCCUGAUUCUGAUGAGUACAUAGAGCGGAUUCAACUGGAGGGUGCAUCAGGGGAGCUCGAUUUACCGUUGGAGGCGGAGAAGUUGGGCAAGUUUGGAUCGGGCGCGUCUGGAUCUGGGGCCCCUGGAUCUGCCCAUUCCAUUGGGGCUACUGUGGGGGAUGCAGUAGUGAUGGCAGAGCUGAAGAAGCUGAACAAGCAGAUGAAGAAACUCAUCGAAUUGCAGAAGCAGGGCAAUUUGAUGGGGCUGAUGGCCGGACUUUUUUAUGUUUGUGUAAUUGCUCUCGCAUUUGUUUAUGUGAUGAUAAUUAGUCGUAAGUGA